GGAAAAGUCACCGCUCCUCUUCCUACGUGCAGCCAACCCCUCUCCGAGGCAGGCGCAGAGGAGACGUAAAACGAAACCACAGACUCCAGCUUGUGUGAAGGCGGCUCGAGUCGGCGCACAAGGAUGAUUAAUUAGUAAAAUAAAGCUCUCUGUAACCGGACGCCGCAGCUGAUCCAGGGCUCGGGGCUUCAGCAGAGGACACCGGCGCAUGUGGACGUUACGUCUUUUUUUUUUAAAGAGAAGGCCAGUUUUAAUAGGCUGCAGCGCCAGUGAGGCAGCUCUGUGCGCACUGGAAGCCCGGGAUUCAAUUGGUGGAAGCAGGAGGAGAGCCCACUGCAGGAGGAGCGGAUUUGGAGGAAACUGAGCGACGCCGCUAAGACAGGAGCAGCAGCAGCAGCCUGCGCAGUUAAGAAAGAAGACGGCCUCCUCCGCUGCAUGGCAUUGAGGACUUCUCCCAAACUGCGCUCCGACUCUGUGAUGCGGCGCUGCGGCUGCGUGGCUCGUCCGGGACAGGCGGACACAAGCUUGUAACGGACCUGUGCAGGAAUUUACCAGAGGAAUUGGGCCAAACUGGUUGUUGACCACAGCUGCAACAUUUGGCCCCCGCCCCCCCACUGAGCGUUUAUCAUCCCUCCCCUCCGGAGAGCCCAGCGCUGUGGCCUUGUGGCGGACAUGGGAAAUGUAAACAGUAGUCGGGCUGGAUUUUAAACUACGCACACGUCCCACGUCCUCCUCCCGCCGCCUCCUCCUCCUCCUCCUCCCCCCGGACCGUCCGAGAUGGAGACGGAGAGGGUCGAGCCGGGGCAGGAGGGAGAGGCAGAGCCGCCCAUGCACAGCGUCCACGGGACCAACCGGAUUCGGCCGUCGUCCUACCGGGCCCUGCGGAGCGCCGUGUCCAGCCUGGCCCGCCUAGACGACUUCACCCGCGAGAAGAUCGGCGCCGGGUUCUUCUCGGAGGUGUUCAAGGUGCAGCAUCGCGUUUCGGGCCAGGUGAUGGCUCUGAAGAUGAACAUCCUGGCCAGCAACCGAGCCAACAUGCUCAGGGAGGUCCAGCUCAUGAACCGACUAUCGCACCCCAACAUACUCAGGUUUAUCGGAGUGUGCGUCCAUGAGGGGCAGCUCCACGCUCUCACAGAGUACAUCAAUGGUGGCAACUUGGAGCAGCUGUUGGGCAGCGACAUGUACCUGUCGUGGAGCGUGCGGCUCAGCCUGGCUCUGGACAUCGCUCGGGGACUGAAGUACCUGCACAGCAAGGGCAUCUUCCACAGGGACCUCACCUCCAAGAACUGCCUGGUGCGCUGGGAAGGAGCCGUGUGUUCGGCCGUGGUGGGAGACUUUGGCCUGGCAGAAAAAAUCCCAGAUUACAGUGAGGAAGAGGACCAGGAGCCCCUGGCUGUCGUCGGCUCCCCCUACUGGAUGGCUCCGGAGGUGCUCAGAGGAGAAGUGUAUAAUGAGAAGGUGGAUGUGUUUGCGUACGGGAUCAUCUUGUGUGAGAUCAUUGCGAGGAUACAGGCCGAUCCAGACAUCCUGCCGCGCACUGAGGACUUUGGUCUGGACGUGGAGGCCUUCCAGCUGCUGGUAGGAGACUGUCCAUCUGAGUUCCUGGAUUUGGCCAUCGCUUGCUGUAACAUGAACGCAAAUCUCCGUCCGUCAUUCUCCCAAAUUGUAGUGGAGCUGGAGAGGACACAAGCUGAGAGGAGACAGAAGAAUGAACCAACAGUCAAAGCUGUGUCUCCAGUCAUUGGCUCUCUGCGAAGGCGAUCCCUCGGCGUCCUGUUAAAUCCCCGCCUCUCACGCAGCAAGUCGGACAUGAUCCAUCCUCCGGACACGCCCCCGUCUGUUACGCUGGCGCCCCCCGCUCGGGUGAACCCCUUCUCCCAGAGGGAGGACCUCAAAGGUGGAAAAAUCAAGCUGUUCGACACUCCCAGCAAGUCGGUCAUCUCCCUGACCUUCACUCUGCCCCCGCCGCCGGACUGCGAUGACAACUCUGCGUCCGAGGCCGAAGACGCGGACAUGCCCAGGAGACACAGGCGCUGCCACUCGCUGCCCUGUACACCUCCUCCGCACCUCACGUCGGCGCCGAACACUGUCCUCACUGAAGAAGAGUCCCCGUCUAUGAUAGACAAUGAAAACGGGGAGAAGAUAAGAGCAAGCGAGGAGCAGAGUCUGUUGGGAGAAGAGAAGGAAACUCGCGUGGCAGGUGACUCGGGUCUCCCUCUGUCUCUCAACCUGUUGGAACAGGAGGAGGAGGAGGAGGAGGAAGAGGAGGAGAAGAGGGAGGAGGAGCCCAUGGACUGUUCCAGCUCCCCAGACACACAAAACAGCACUUCAUCUCCUUACUCCAAACUCUCCCCUCCUCCCUCUCACUCCUCGACUCCCCUCCAACCCUCCACGCCUCCCUUCUCAAACGGCUGGGGGUCGGCCAUUUCCAACGGGCCUCCGUGCCUGCCCCCCCUCUCCAAUUUGGACAACAACAAUGUGGUCAUGAGUCGACCGCUGGGCUGGAGCGCCGCCGCCACCACCACCGCUCCCACCAACCGCAACGGCUACCACUCCCCUCCCAGCGACCCAGCCGACUCCUCUCCGUUCGGGUCGGGCAGUGGACACUCCCUGGACCAGGAGGAGGUCAUCUCCUGUCCCGGCUGCUGUUUGGCCGGCCUUCGCUUCCCCUCGCUGUGUCUGAGAGCCCCACCGCGCAGGAACCCUUAUAAGAACUUGAACGGGGACCACGCAGCCUCCCGCGGGCUGCUCUGUCCGGGACCCAAGGGCCUGCCGCCCUCACCCACGCCCACCACCACCACCACCAGCCUGGAGCCAGGACUCACCUUGCCUGGGGCUCAGACGUAAACCCCAGUUAAACCAAAUACCCCCAGAGUGGGCGUGGAAAUUCUGCACCAAAAGCUCUUCCCUGGAUGUUAAGCGGGUCCUCUUUGAAAUUUGCACAGAUUUUAACGCAGCAAUACUCUGCUUAUUUUCCAGAUACACAUUUUUGGUGCACAGGAGGCUCUGAGUGUCCAGAUUGGUUUACUGAAAUACUCUCCAUACUCCAAAAAAAAAAAAAAAAAAAAAAAGACUUUCUGAAAGGAAGCUGUGUAAACAUGAGCUUUGCUCGUAGCUCGUUUUGUGUCGCCCUCUGCUGGACUGAGGGCUUCACAAACUGUGUAGAUCUGACUGAAUAUCCAGGACUGAUCAGCAUGUAAACACUCCAGUGUGGAGCCCUGUCAGUUAGAUCCUGUAUAUUUGCGGUUGUAAAGAUUCUCAUGGCAGAUGAUGAUGAUGAUGAUGAUGCUGUUGAUGCUGAAAUGAGGAAUGGUAAGCUUAGUAUUAAUACUGUUGCAAUGAUCUUUUGAUGUUUGGUGCUGUUUCUGAGUGAUCAGGCAGUUAUGCUUUGAUGUCUUUAAUUAUCAAGAGGUGUAUGGCGCACUGCUGAGGGUGUGUGCGAGCGUGUGUAACGUGGUGUGUGAAUGUGAUGGAUUCAUUGUGGUUGGAUGUGUGAAAGAGAGAAGAGUGAGGAAGUGUGUGCUGCACACCAUUCUUAAGACUAUUUUUUUUUUUUUUUGUUGCUGUUAUGUCUCUUGUCGGCCCUUCUGGUUGCCUGUUAAGCACUUCAACUGUAUUAGUGUUGUUAAUAACUGUUAAUAUCAUUAUAUUUGGGAAUGAAUGGUCAAAGACCUGCUUAAGAGAUGUACAGAUUCUUAUUAUUUAAAGAUGGCAUUGAAUAAAAAGAUAGAAUGCA